GAAGACGGUAGAGGAGGUGAAGUGGCUUUUGCAAUUCAUCUUUUCACAUAAUGGAAUGCUGAUAUUUUAAGCUGGUACAGUGCCUAUUCCACUUGUGGAAAUUGUGCAGUGUCAUACGGCCUAGAGCUUUGCUGCCCGUUUCUCACCAGAUAAAGUUUAGCCAAGGGCCACUUCUCUUCAAGUUCCAGCAUCUCCCAAAGUGCCCUUUGCCCUUAUGGGGAAAUAUGGCACAGGGCCUGGGAUUCCCAAAUUUCCCUGGGUUUGCUCACACUUGCAUAGAUUUGAUUUUAAGAGAGUGAUAGUCACUCCCAGUUUGUCAGAGGCCCCAGGUUUUCCUUUCUGCAAUAAACUUAAGCUUAAAUUAAAAUAAUUUACCUUUUAACUAAUAAAGCUGAGGCAUGAAGUUGUUGAUUACAAAAUUCACAUUUACAAAAUGUUGAAUGAGAGCGAUGCUUCUGAGCAUGUCUUAGGCUUCUUGUUUGUUCCUCAAGUCAGACAGCCUUGUACUGUAAGCUUUAUUUAAAAUCCUUUCUGUCUGUGACACUGUCAAAGGGGCACAUUAACUAUAAUUUGCUUAUGACUAUUCUGUGGCAAUUUGAAUUCACGUGGUCACAAUGCAAAGCAGAAGCAAAAGGGUUAGACUUGGUCUUGCCAAUGCUGUCAUUUUAGUGAGAGGAUAUUUAUUUCUGAAUUCUUUGUUAAUAUGGUUUGUUUCACUUCCUUAGAAUUUCCUGGCUCUUUGUGCGAGUAACUACUACAAUGGAUGCAUAUUUCACCGGAAUAUAAAGGGCUUCAUGGUUCAGACAGGAGAUCCAUUAGGCACUGGGAAAGGAGGUAACAGCAUUUGGGGCAAGAAGUUUGAAGAUGAAUUCAGUGAAUACCUAAAGCACAGUGUCCGUGGGGUAGUUUCAAUGGCAAACAAUGGCCCAAAUACCAAUGGAUCACAGUUCUUCAUCACUUACGGCAAGCAACCGCACCUAGACAUGAAGUACACUGUGUUUGGAAAAGUUAUCGAUGGCUUGGAGACCCUGGAUGAGCUGGAGAAGCUGCCUGUGAAUGAGAAAACCUACCGACCUCUCAAUGAUGUUCGCAUUAAAGAUAUAUCAGUUCAUGCCAACCCUUUUGCUCUGUAGCCACAGAGUGCCCCGACACAUUCUUUAGAGACUGGUCAGAUGGACUGCUGGAUUAUGAAGUUUGAAGUGCCAUUAAACAGGGUUACUUGAGCUGGAUCAUACUUUUGUUCCUUUUGAAUCCUUUGAAUGCAGGAUUUUCAGGAGUUGUGACAUUGUUUGGGAGUUCUCACAGAAAAGUCUUGUGCUUUAGAAGUCAGUUUUUCCAGAGUAUCUUCUAGGAUUUUGAUUUUUAAACAUUGCUUUUUGUACUUGUAAGAUAAGACUUUUAAAAACCCCCCCCCCCCCCCCCCAAUCUUUUGUUUUCUGCCUUAUCUUUCUUAGCGAUACUAUGUCGAAACAAUGUCCUUUUCUACGAUUUCAUACUCCUGGUUUUCUGAAACUUUCUUGUGUAAAUUCUAACUUUACUGGUUUUUAGAAAACUGACUAAGAUAUGCAAUGUUUUCCCUUAGGUGAGAGCAGUGUUGUAGACGAAACCUUUCUCUCCUAGAGGAUUAAAGACCGUGCUUAGAGGAGUGCUUGCUCUUGCACUGCUGUGUGGGAAUGGUAACCUCUUCAACCUCCCCAACAGGUAGAUCAGAAACAAUCACUUCUGCCUCUGGCACAACACUUUUUGUAUGAAAGAGUGUUCAAGUCUUUACAUAGCUAUUGAUCAAAACUUGGUAGUUGUUUGGUCUUACUUGACACCAAAUGUUGUUGGACUCAAAUAAGAAAAUCUGCAAGAAAGUAGAGAGGUAUCUGAAUAUUGACUUGUCAAGAGGAAGCAUAAAAUACAUGCAUACUUACGCAUGUGUGUGUGUGUAUGUAUAUUGCUGAUUCUCCGCUCAAGUCACUUGGUAUAGUAAGCAUAAAAUAAACUGACUUCAGCAGGGGAAAAAAGAGUGAUUUGUAUACAUCA